GUGGCCACUGCCUGCCUUUCCUGCUCCUGGGCAGCACAAACACAGGAGACAGCUACUGCUUUACAUGUGAUUCUGCUUUGAGAGGGAGAGAGCAGGAAGUGCCUAGGAAAUGGUUCAUGACAGAAACCUGGAGUUUUAAAUAGGAGCGAGGAGGAGGAGGAGAGCUCAUGGGCACGGUUUGUGAACAGUUGAAGCACUGACACAACAGCAGCAGGGGAACACCAGACUUGUGUGAGAGUAUUCUUCCAAGCUGUCCUGAUGGAAGGAGAGACAGUCCCCGAGGCCAGGGGAGCAGCCAGCAGAGCCACUCGGGUCGCCCUCGGCGUCUUUGUGAGCGGCACUGUUGUGCUUGGCACCGCUCUCUUCUUGGUUAGCCAAGGUCUUAUAAAGUUUCAUCCCAAGCAACAGUACUGUUUGACUGCAGAAUGCAUUGAAGCUGCUGCUAGCAUCCUGAGCAAGAUAAAUCAAUCUGUAGAUCCAUGUGAGAACUUCUAUCGGUUUGCAUGUGAUGGCUGGAUAUAUAAUAACCCUAUUCCUGAAGAUAUGUCCAACUAUGGUGUUUAUCCCUGGCUGAGACACAAUGUGGACCUCAAACUAAAGGCAUUGCUAGAGAAACCCAUCAGCAAAAGACGAGACAGUGAAGCUGUACAGAAGGCCAAGAUCCUUUAUGCAUCCUGCAUGAAUGAGAAUAAAAUUGAAAAAGCCGAUGUGAAACCCCUGCUAAGUUUACUGAAACACUCCCCCUUCCGCUGGCCUGUGCUGGAAUCCAAUAUUGGACCAGAGGGACUGUGGUCAGAAAGGAGGUUCAGCCUGGUCCAAGCCCUGGCCGCUCUCCGUGGCCAGCACAGCAGCUCAGUGUUCAUCCGUUUGUACGUGGCUGCUGACGACAAAAUCUCCAGUCGCUACAUCCUGAAGCUUGAUCAAGCAAGCCUCUCUCUGGCAUCUCGAGAGGAUUACCUAGAAAAUACCACAGAAGCCAAAUCUUACCGAGAUGCCUUUUUGCAGUUCAUGGUAGACACAGCAGUGCUUCUGGGUGCAAACGCCUCCCGAGCUGAAUCUGAUAUGAAAUCAGUUCUGAAACUGGAAGUUAAAAUAGCAGAGAUCAUGAUUCCAUAUGAAAAUCGAACAAGUGAGGUGAUGUACAAUAAAAUGAACAUAUCAGAGCUCAGUGCCAUGAUCCCACAGUUUGACUGGCUGGGAUACAUCAAGAAGGUGAUUGACACCAAGCUCUAUCCUGAGCUUAAAGAUAUAGGUCCUUCAGAAAAUGUGAUUGUCCGUGUUCCCCAGUACUUCAAAGAUUUAUUCAGGAUCCUAGAAAAUGAAAGGAAAAAGACUCUUGCCAAUUACCUGGUGUGGAGGAUGGUUUAUUCAAGGUUAUUUAACCUCAGCAGACGUUUUCAGUAUCGGUGGCUGGAAUUUUCUCGGGUGAUCCAUGGCACUACAACCUUGCUGCCCCAGUGGGAUAAAUGUGUGGACCUGGUAGAAAAUGCCCUCCCCUACGUUGUGGGGAAGAUGUUUGUGAAAGCCCAUUUUCAAGAGGACAAGAAAGAGAUGAUGGAGGAAUUGACUGAAGGAAUUCGCUGGGCUUUUAUUGACAUGUUAGAAAAGGAAAAUGACUGGAUGGACUCUGAAACAAAAAGAAAAGCCCAUGAGAAGGCAAAAGCAGUUAUGGCGAAAGUUGGUUACCCUCAGUUUAUAAUGAAUGACACAUAUAUUAAUGAAGACAUCAAAACACUGAAGUUUACAGAAAGUGAUUAUUUUGGCAAUGUAUUGCAAACUCGCAAAUACGCAGCCCAAUCUGAUUUCUACUGGCUUAGGAAAGAAGUUCCAAAAACAGAGUGGUUUACAAGCCCAACUACUGUGAAUGCUUUUUAUAGUGCAUCUACCAACCAGAUCAGAUUCCCAGCAGGAGAACUUCAGAAGCCUUUCUUCUGGGGAACAGAGUAUCCCAGGUCAUUAAGUUAUGGUGCCAUAGGAGUGAUUGUUGGCCAUGAGUUUACUCAUGGGUUUGAUAGCAAUGGUCGGAAAUAUGACAAAAAUGGAAAUUUAGACCCUUGGUGGACGACUGACUCUGAAGAAAAAUUUAAAGAGAAAACAAAAUGCAUGAUUAAUCAAUACAACAAUUACUACUGGAAACAAGCUGGCCUACAUGUGAAAGGGAAGAGAACUUUGGCAGAAAACAUUGCAGAUAAUGGAGGUUUGCGAGAAGCUUUCAGGGCAUACAGGAAAUGGAUUACAGAAAAGAGGGGAGGAGAAGAAGAGCCUUUGCUGCCAGGCCUUGAGUUCACACAUAACCAGCUUUUCUUUCUGAGUUAUGCCCAUGUGAGAUGCAACUCCUUUAGACCGGAAUCUGCGAGGGAGCAAAUAUAUACUGGAGCUCACAGCCCUCCUCAGUUCAGAGUGAUCGGGGCCAUGAGCAACUUUGAGGAGUUCCGCAGAGCCUUCGGGUGCGCGGCCAACUCGACGAUGAACCGCGGGGCAGAGUCCUGCCGCCUCUGGUAGCUGGGGCUGCCCAGCUCUCCUCUGCAGCAGCCUGCAGGGUGAGCUGCUCCAGCACACUGCCAGAGCUCCAGAACCCUGCUCUGAAACCUCCACGGCUGUUACUUGGAAUGCGUCUUCCUCAUCCGUGCUGAUGAUCUGCAUGGAUCUGAUCGUUCUCUAUUUAGAGCCUAGGAACAUUCCACAUAGAAGAGCUUUUCUUUAAGCAUAAUAAUAAAAAGUAGCUCCUUUUAACCAUGAAACUACUCUGGCUCAUCUGCAGUUGCACUGCUGUUGAUGGAUAACUGCCAUUAUCAAUUCUAAUUCCUGAUUUAUAGCUGGGCAAGACAUAAAUGCUAAAAUCCAGUUUUAAUCUAUUGCUCUGCAGGGGUUCUGUGGAGAAUGCUCCCACACAAAAUUUAUUCUUUCUGGAUGAAGAAAUUCAUGAGACCUGCUAUAAAGCCAGCUCUGAUACUGCAUUUUCAUAACUUCAGCUGUCACAGCCCAGCAUGCCAUAAAUGAUGUUGCAUGAUGUAAAGACACAGGACUUUAUAUAAGUUCAGUUUAAUAUGUCAGAUUAGUUCCUCUGGUUUUGGAACAGUUUCAAGCUGAGAAAGUACCUCAUGGCAUCCAUCUGUAAGACUACAACAUAAGGGACACUUGUCAGAUCGUGGCCUCCUCUAAUUUUAGAGCAGCUUAUGAUAAAAAUCAAUGUAUGGUGAAAAUCAGAGGCUCUCAGAGGGGAUUCCCAGCACCAUGAUUCUCAUAAAUAUUGCAGCAUUUACUCCGGUUUACACUGUAGCAGUUUUUCCCCAGGGGAUGGUUUUUACCUUGUGCUGAAGAUAGCUUCAUCUACAUUUAUUUUUUUAAGCCAGAAACAUUGUACCAGUUUUAAAUGAUGGAUUUUAUAGUGUCUGGGUCUUACAUGGUGUUGUAAGUAGUGUGCUUUUUUGUCCUCAUGUUCUGGAUGGGGCAUGAUGACUUGUGAUUUUAAAGUAUGGGUAUGUGACAGAAAAACAGAGUAGCAGCAUCAUUUGACUUGUCUGGGAAAAAAAGAGCAAUUUAGGAGUAAAGGACUUAAAAAUACAGUAAAAAUACAGACCAGUUGAUCUUUCAAUUUGAUUUUUAAGAAUAUUCAUGAAAUGAUAUUUUAUUACAGGAGAAAAACUUUAACACAUAACUAUUACUGAGGGGAGUGGGAUGGGCAUUGAGAGAAUAUGCACACACAGCUCUAUUUUUCCCAACAGAAAGGUACCUAUAUAAGGUAUAUAUUUAUAUCUUGUGCAUAAUUUCAUUUUUACAUGGUGGAAUUAUU